CAGUACACCACGCUUUGAAAAAUCUAGAAAUCGACUUGCGACGUUUUAAUUUGUCUAAAGUGAUUGUGCGUUGUGUGAAAACAACAUUUCGUGGAGUAGCAGCAGGCAGUACAUAUAGUUUUAUUAAUAUUAAAGCGAUGACUUGGCUUGUCGUUCGAUUCAAAGAGGAUGACACUGUUGAGGCAAUACCGAAAAAAUGGUUUUUGUUAAAAGAAUCUGCAUGCUAUUGGCCACCACAAAAUUAUGAUACUACAGCUAUUAAAGCAGCUAUAAAAAAUGAAUAUAGUCCUGAUUCAAACUGGAUGAAAUACGGAGCAAUUAUUUUAGGCACAUAUGGUGAUUUAAAACUUGCUAAAAGAAAGGCAAUUAAAGCCCAACGUACAGAUGAUCUUUCAUCACAUACGGAGAUUUUAACGAAAAAGAAUAAUAAAAUACAUAAGCGGGGACAAGGCAAAAGUAAAGGACAUAAGGAUUACUCAGAUACUGAUAAAUCUUAUGAAUCGAUAUCUGAUGAAGAUAGCAACACAUACCCUACAUUACCACUUUCUGGCAAGAGACACGAUAAUGAUCGCUCUCCAAUGGAAAGUCAAAAUAUUACUAAUCGUAAGUAUUUUUAA